AUGAGAAUUUUAAUAAUUAAUUGCUAUGAUAACAAAGACCUAGAAAAAUUUUAACAUUUCCAAUUUCAAGUUAUGAAAGUAAAAUCUAAUACUAAUAUAGUAUUUAGCUGAAUAAAAAGAGUUAAUAGAUACAGAAAAUGAAUUUUAUGUUCGUAAUAGAGAUACUAUAGAAGACUUUCUAUAUGAAGUAGAAAGUUCUUAUGUAAAAAAGGAAGCAGCUCUAAAAUUCGAUCAACUUGAUGUCAUCUUCAUUAUUGGAGAUUGUCAUACACGACCUUGGGCUGUUCAUAUGGGUAUGAAUCUAAGGAUCAUAAUUAGCAAAAAUAUUGGUUUUGUUGAGAAUGUGUUUAAGAGUAUAGAAAUUACUAUUUGCUUCAGGAUUUGCCAUGUAAGCCUUAGUAUAUUUAUCAGCAUCUAAUAUUGAAAGAGUAAUAACUAUAUAUUAUAUAUAUUAGCCUAUCAAUCUAAUCAAUUAGAAUGGUGGUAAAUUAUCAGAUCUAAGAGAGUUGAAAGUUCAAAUUUAGUAAAGUGAUAUGUUUUUGGAAAAUACAUCAGGAGAUUUAUAUGUUUUUAAUUAUGAAACUUCUGAAUGGAUUCCAAAAUUGAAUGUAGGUAUCCAUUUAAGAAGUGCAGCAUAAGAAUUUUAAUCAAUAGGAAAGUAUGUUGUUAAAGCUCCUAUUUACAAAUCUAAACAAGUUGGGUCAUUUUUAAGUAAAAAUAAAAACACUGAAACUGUUGUUUCAAUAAGAAAUGUUUAUUUAUAACAUUGGGUAAUAUUAAUUAAAUUAAAACAAAAAAGGCAUUUAAAGAUAUUGAAUCACGAUUUUUAGCACCGUUAUUGAAUAGAUGGGAUGUUCACAAUUUCUAAUUCAAUAAUUCUGAAAAGAAAUUUAUAUGUCUUGCAGAAAGUGAUGAAGGGCCAUCAAUUAUUGAAUAUCCAAAAGCUUUAGCAUGUAUGUUUGAAAUUGAUACAAAAUAUCCCUUUACAAAUACUUUACUUAAGAACUUUGUAUAAUAUGCUAUGUACAACAUUAAAGUUUCAAAGUAAGAAAAAACUUUAAAUUAUAUUUAAGUUCCUCAAAACCUUUUGAUUCUAUUGAAAAUUAUCACAAAAUUAAUACAAAAUCAUCAUCUAUUUUAGAUCUUCUAAAAAACAAUAAUAAUUAGAAUUAAAAGAAAACUACUCUCGAAUUAAUGUAAAUAAGAGGUAAGAAUGGGAUAGCUUCACAUAGUCAACAAAAAUUAACAUAUGCUUAAGAAGAAUAAAAAUUACAAUAAAUGUAACACACUCUCAAAAGAAGAAGUAGUAUUGCUCAUGUAGGAUUUACUUUAAAUAAAAAUGUACCUAUUAAACCAGUAGAAAUUAAUGCUGUAGGGAAAAGAAGAAUAAAAUAUUAACAAGGACUAUAACAUUAAAGAAAAAUUAGUGCUGAUGAUGCAUAUUUAAAAUCAUAAAGAGAUAGUGAAAAUGAUGCUUUUAAUGAACCAUAAAUAAUAUAGAAAACUUAAACUCUUAAAACACCUAGUCAAUCAGAAAUAAGAAAAAUGUUACAUCCAGAAAUUUCAAAAUCUUGUUUGGAAAACAAAGAAAUUUGGAUUCCAGGAUAUUUAUCUGAGUAUUAAAAAACUUAAGGUGAUAAACGAAUAAGUAAGAUUGGAGGAUCUUUUCAAUCAAAUUAAAAUACUUAAAGGAAGAGAUGGAUUUGA